AUGGCCGGAAUAUUCUCCUUCCUCCGGCGAAUCUACCUCGCCCUCUACAAUUGGAUCCUCUUCCUUGGCUGGUCCCAUGUCCUCUACCUCGCCGUCUCCACCCUCAGAUCCUCCGGCCCGCACUCCGUCUACGCAGCUGUCGAGACCCCCCUCCUCCUCGCCCAGUCCGCUGCGCUCGUCGAGAUCCUCCACAGCCUCGCCGGAAUCGUCCGAUCUCCGGUCACCGCCACCCUCCCGCAGGUCGCCUCCCGCCUCUACGUCACCUGGGGCAUCCUCUACAGCUUCCCGGAGACCCGAACCCACUUCCUCGUCGGAUCUGUCGUCGUGAGCUGGUCCAUCACCGAAAUCAUCCGCUACUCGUUCUUCGGCCUCAAAGAGACUUUCGGCUUCGCGCCCUCGUUGCUGCUUUGGCUGAGGUACAGCACGUUUCUUCUGUUGUACCCUGCUGGGAUCGCCAGCGAGGUGGGACUCAUCUACAAUGCGCUGCCGUACAUGAGGCGUUCGGGUAAGUACAGUGUGAGGAUGCCCAACAAGUGGAAUUUCUCGUUCGAUUAUUACUAUAAUGCCCUUCUCGUACUCGGGUUUUACGUGCCCGGUAGCCCGCAUUUGUACGGGUACAUGCUCGGGCAGAGGAAGAAGGCUUUGUCUAAGGUCAAGAGCGAGUAA